AUCCGUGUCCAGGGUUAUGAAUCCAAUGGAUGCUAGGAUGAGUAAUCGGUAUCUUCAACCAAUUGCUGAGAUGGACGAGGACAGAGGACAACAGUCUUAUUGGAGUAAUCAGCCAAAAACGAAUUUAAAUCGUCGUGUCACUAUUCAAGAAUCAACAAACAGAACAAGAAUUUACAAUCGAGAACCAUCCGAUGAUCAAUAUGAUAAUAAUUCAGAACCAUCAUCAUUUGAAGAGGCUCAAAUGUAUUCACCAAGAAAGUCUCUGCAAGAACCGAAAGAGCCUUCACUCUAUGCCCAAGAAAUGUCCCAGGACUACAAAACUGAUGACAUGCAAGAACUAUCUGAACGAAUGAUUGCUGCUCCAAGGCCUCAAACGAACAGAAAGAGUUAUAUGGAUCCUGCUGUUCAACAACAUAUGAGUGUGAUUGAAUCUAAGCGUAAAUCAGGAUAUGAAGACAACAAAACCAAAAUGAGUCAAGUGUAUGAUGCUAAUGAUGAGGACUAUUAUUAUGAAGAUGAUUCUGAACGAUUGCUUACUGGUAAUGAUGACCAGGAAUGGUUUUCUGAUGAUACUGAGUUAAACAACCAAGUUUAUGCGAAUGCAGAAGAUGUUCCGGAAGUUCCAAACAUUGCUGAUGAAAGUGAUCGCCAUCCGGAUCAGAUCAUGGAUCUCGCUCAACGUCAAGAAAUUUAUCCAACUCUGACAACACACUGUUUGAAAUCAUUCAGAUGCGCGAUAAAUUACGAAAAGGAGCCAAUACUGUUUGCGCCUCUGAUUUUGAAAACGAAAAAAGGAAAUCCAAAUCGACUUCUGGCAAGAGAAAACGUUCCUCCAGUCGAUCAUCUUCAAGAAGCUCUAAGAAGUUUGCCAGGAAACGUUCUGCUGCCUGCUCUGCAGCCCUGGGGGAUGAAGAUUCGGACGACGACAUUGGCGGAGGUUGUGAAAAAAGAGAGAAGAGUAACCCCAAGUUUUGUCCUGGAAAAUCCGCCAAAGUCGGUGUGAUAACCAGGAAUCCCUUCUUCAACUU